AGUCGUCUUAUCUCAUCUCUGAAGUUUCCUUUCUGUUCUCUCUAAAACCAUAAUCUUUGCUGUGCUUUCGCAUACAUAAUUGUCUAUAUUUAAUUCUACAUCGUUUUUUGUGCUUGAUUUAGUCUUCGUUGGCUUAUGGGCAUGGCUAUUUGAGGUAAAUUGCAAACGGGAAUUGUAUUAACUUUAAAUUUACAAAGAUUAGCUAUUUAGUGUAGAUACUAUAUUGAUUGGUGAGUGGUUUUAUUGAAAGGUGUGUAACACGGGCUGUUAAAUCCUAGGGAUGGUUCACUACAUGAUCAUUCCAUGGGGUAAUUACACGGUUCAGUGAGGAAAUUUAGUCGACGAUGGGGUUGAUUUUAUGAAAGUUGAAGGAUGAAGAAGUAUAAGAAUAUCUGAAGCCUUCUGUUUUACCUGUUCUUUGGCUUAUUGGCUUUUUUAUUUUCAGUGAUAGUUAUGAAUGAGCAGAACUGUAAUGUCUAAAUUUUUGCUAAUGUAUGGCAUCAGACAUGAUGUGCUGGUUUGCAUUACGGAUCUUUUUUAUCAGGGUUCCAAAUGCAAAACCUGGCAGAGAAUCAACUGAAAUUGAUAUAUAUGGAAUGCAAGGAAUUCCUCAAGAUGUCUUGGCUGCUCACUAUGGAGAAGAAGAAGAAGAAGGUCCAGCAAAAGCAGCGAAAACGGAGGUUCCAACAACUCAGCAUGUUGGGGGUGUAGUUCCUGGACAAUUAGGUGGUGCAUAUCCCCGUGCACCAAAUGUAAGGGUGAUACCGCCAGUUUACAACGGUGCAGUACCCAUGCCUCCUACUGGUUGGCCAGUUCCUCCUCGUCCACAGACUUGGUUCCCACAAUAUCCAGCACUUUCAGUUGCCCCACUGGGAUAUGCUCAGCAGCCAUUGUUUCCUGUGCGAAACGUGAGGCCUCCUCUUCCUACAUCUUUAUCACCUUCUCUGCAACCUUCACAAGUAGCCCCCCCUGGACUGCCAGUUUCCAUGCCACCUGUUCCUGUAUCGCAACCUUUGUUCCCGGUUGUUAGUAGCAAUUUAGCGACGCAAAGUCUACCUUUUCCUGCUUCUUUGGCUUCAACAAAUACUUCACCAAUUGCUGCAACAGAAGUUAAUCCGUCAACUAAUGCACAUGCUGGAGCAAACUCCCAGAUGACAAGCAGCAUCAAUGGUCCAAGCUUUUCAGGCGGGACAGUGGUCAAUUCACAUUCUUAUGCAUCUGGUCCAAACACCAGUGGACCUUCCAUUGGACCUCCCCCUGUAAUAGCAAACAAAGCUCCUGCAAACCAGCCAGCUGUGAAUGAGGUCUAUUUAGUUUGGGACGAUGAGGCGAUGUCCAUGGAGGAGAGAAGAAUGUUGUCAGCGAAGUAUCAGGUUCAUGAUGUAACUAGCCAAAUGAGCUCGGUUGAUGCAGCCAUAGAUAGAAGGAUAUCAGAAAGCAGGCUUGCCGGUCGAAUGGCAUUUUAGAUCAACUGUAGUCUGCAUUGACCUGUGUUUACUGCUGGAAUCGUUUGGUGGAUGGAUCCAUGUAUGGAUACUGCAUAAUUCAUUUAAACAGCAAGGAUUCCUGGUCUCAUUUCUUACAUUGCAUGAUGUCAUAUAAAAAAGAAGGUUGUAUUCUUUGCAAGAAAUUGAAUUAGAAGGAAAGCCAUUCUUUAAUUGUGAAGAGAGAGGUCUGGAGAAGGAGCAUUAACUUAUAUUUUUUUGGCUCAUUUUCUUAUUUUCCUCUUUUUGUAAACCUUUUUAGGAGUACUUAGCAGAAGAAAUUGUAGCCUGUUAGGAUACAGUCAUUCUGA